CUGGAUAUUAAAUUGAUUCUUUCUCUCUCUCUCCGGAUCCACGCUUCUAUGUGCUCUAGCAAGACCGUACGCGAAAAUAAAUAAUCGAUUCUCUCUCUCUCCCUCUGGAUCCACGCUAAGUGGUCCCACCCAGACAACCCCCACAUCACAUCAUAAGGAAGGUUUAGAAUUCCCAAAAACUUUCUAGUUAUUACGAAACCCCUCACAACCACAACGGCCAGUCACGAAAAAAAAAAGCAUAAUGCCCAUAAAUCAGCCUUCCAACCAGAUCCGCCUCACCAAUGUCGCCAUAGUGCGGCUGAAGAAAGGCAAGAAGCGCUUCGAGAUCGCCUGCUACAAGAACAAAGUCCUCGAAUACCGCUCCGGCGUCGAAAACGAUCUCGACGAAGUCCUGCAAACCGACCAAGUAUUCAUCAACGUAUCGAAGGGGGCCCUAGCGCCCAAAGCGGACCUUCAGAAAGCGUUCGGCGCGAGCACCUCCACAGCGGACAUCGUGCGCGAGAUCCUCCAGAAGGGCGAGCUACAAGUGGGCGAGAAGGAACGGGGCGCGAAGCUCGACCAGAUUCACGCGGAGGUGAUCAGCAUCGUCGCGUCGAAAUGUGUCGACCCCGGCAGCAAGCGCGUGUACACGUCGACGAUGGUGGAGAAGGCGCUGGCGGAGCUCGCGACGAAGGAGGGCGGCGGAUGGCAUGGCGUCAAGGAUAGUAAGAGCGCGAAGGCCCAGGCCCUCGAGGCUAUCAAGGCGCUGGUCGCUGCACAGAUCAUCCCUAUCGCCCGCGCGAGAAUGAGGCUCAGGAUCACUGGGAAUAAGAAGUGCAAGGAGAAGGUUAUGGAACAUGUCGAGCAGGUCGAGGCGGAGGAGUUCCUGCAGAGCGGGGAUUGGGAGUGCACCGGGUUCGUCGAGCCUGGGAAGUACAAGCUCCUGGCGGAUAUCGUAGCCGGCGAGACGAAAGGUCGUGGACGGGUCGAGAUUCUGGAUACUGCAGUUGUGCAUGAAGGAGACAAUUAGACGGGCGUUUAAUAAUGAAUCGGUUUCUGCCAACAACCCACCACUGCAUCGUAUUGUCACCAUCCAAUUAACAUCGUGCUCGACAGCGGCCCAUUAGAGUACAUACAAGCGGCCUGUCCAAAGUGAUCAAAGCUGUAACAAGCUGUAGCACCGUAAUUCAAGGAUG